AUGUCCACCGGUGAAGGGAGCAUCGCGAUUCGCGGGAUCAGCACCGCACUCGAACAUUUGAAGCCCCCCGCCCGCAAUCCCGAUUCCCGAUUCCCGAUUCCCGCCUUUUACCCAACUCGCCGUGAACGCCACCUUCCAGAACCAUCAAGUCCACACCAAUUAACAAUGCCCGGCCAAGACGCAGGCACCCCGCGUGUUUUUCUCUACCGCCACGGCCAGACAGAAUGGUCCCAAAACGGCCGCUACACCGGCACUACUGAGCUGGACCUGACGGCCACGGGUGAGAAGCAGGUUCUCGCCUCAGGCAAAAUGAUCGUAGGCACAGGCAAACUGAUUGACCCUGCCAAUCUCGCCCGGGUAUAUAUCAGUCCUCGCAAGCGCGCAAUGCAGACAUUCGAGCUUGCGUUCAAUGAUGCCGAUAAGCAGGCCUUGAGAGAUGCGGGCAAGGUGGACCCGAAAGAGGAACGCCUGGCUGAGUGGGGGUAUGGUUUGUAUGAGGGUUUGGUGACGAAGGAGAUUCGGGCGGCGAGGAAAGAGCGGGGGUUGGAUGCGGAGCGGCCGUGGGAUAUUUGGCGUGAUGGAUGUGAGGAGGGAGAGUCGGCGCAAGACGUUACGGAUCGCAUUGAUAGUCUCAUUCGAGAGAUUAGGACCUCGCAUAAAGAUAAUAUGCACGGGGAGAAUCUGGCGGAUGUGGUACUUAUUGCGCAUGGCCAUUUACUUCGUGCGUUUACGAAGCGUUGGCUUGGGUAUCCGAUGGACUUCCCGCUACUUCUUAUGCUUGAGCCCGGCGCUGUUGGUGUUCUGAGCUAUCAGCAUCAUAGUAUUGAAGAGCCUGCUCUGCUGGUCGGAUAUGGGUUUCCCGUGGACGAGGAGUAA